AUGCUUAAUAUCCGUGUCAGGCACACCCACACCGUGGAAGCAGUGAUCUUGGCAUGGAUCAGUCAGGUUUACUGCCAACGCUUCUUUGUCUCGGGCGCCCAAAGCCGAUUCUUUCAGGUCGCUCCGCUUCUUGAGCCUGCUGUGGAUAGGACCAACUGCAUCCGCGCCCAAGUCUAUGAGCAGAUCAGGCAAUGUGAGCAGGCGGAGGAACGGUCGAGCCAGGUCAUCACCACCCUUCAUGACUAUGGGCUAUACCUUCACGGAAUUAGCCGCACUCGCAUAUAUGCCCGAUCUCAUGCAAGAACCCGUGUUACGGGCAAGAAGAAUAUUGUCGGUUUCUUGCUUACCCCAUACUUUGGCGCACCCCUGAACCCCAGGUUCCGCCAGAUUCGCAGUGUGAUCAAGCAGCGGCUCUUCAAUGUUCGCAAUAGCCUGGAUAUCGACGGCCGUCCCAUCACAUACGCGCUCACCGAGCCCUCCAUCGACCCAGGGGCCCUCGUAGCGCUCAGUGCAGCGGGAUUUGACAACGCCAGUGCGUCGGCCAUGGUCAUGGGUGAUCGGGACUCUCCACUCCCACGUCAGCGCUUCGAUGUCCUGAUUCAUCGAGCGCUGGAGCUCUGUGGAGAGGUUCGGGCUCUCGGCGAACGACUGGUUAAUGUGAUUGAAAAGAAGGAGACCGAGGCUUUUGGGGUGCUUCGCGCAAAUCAUGCCACGGCUAUCCUGCGCAUGAUGUAUAGCAUCAAGGAGACACACAUGACCGAGGCUCAGCAGACCAUUGACUCCCUACGCCUCAAUCGCGAUUCAGUUGUGUCCCAGCUGGCCUACUACCUCGCCUCCUUGGCGAGCGCAUGGAGCGACUUGAAGCAGGAUAUCGACAAACCCACCCAGGACGACCUGCGCAUGUCGCAGCAUGAACAGCACGAAAUGAACAUGGCCACGGCGGCAAUGGCGCUCAAUGUGGUCUCGGCGGGCAUUGACACGCUCGUCGCCCUGUUUUGCAUGGUCCCAUCCGUCUCCAUCAACGCGAUGCCCAUGGGUAUCAGUACCACCGUCGCAGCCGGCGGUGGCAGCACCAUCUCGAACUUCAUGCAGGCAGGGGAGAUCCCUCUGAGUGAAUCAAAGCAGAUGGCCCUUACAAACAGUAUGCAGAAUACGUUGCCACCAUGGAACGAACUGCUCAUUCCCAUUUAG